AUGCGAUGCGCGAGCAAGGCCGCCGAGAGCGCGUCUGCACGUCUCUGUGCGGACGCCGAAGCAGAAACAACAGCAACUGAUGUCCCAUCGGUUGCUGAAGCGACUCAGCCUGUGUCACUUGGUGAUGCAGGCGCUGGUCAUGAAGACACUCAUGUCUUCACAGAGUACGAGCUCGGUGUCUCGUACUCUCCUGAUACGGAUGACGGAUCCGUAUCGAUGGCGAUCGAAUCCAAGCCGCCUGCCAAGCGUGGCAUGGAUGAUGCUAUGCGUCGCAGCAUCUUUGGUUCAUCUGAUGAAUCAGAUGAACCAUCGCCGAAGCGAAGGCGCUCGAGGUCGCGAGACUCGGGCGCUAAUAGUGGUGUCGGUUCUCCAAUGGACACCACUUCACAGCGAGGUGCCAGUACUUCUGUCGGCACGUCGCAGGAAGAGCGGGACCGCAAUGUGUUGCGUCUCGCUCCAGAAAAGAAGGCAUGGAUGCCUCCUAAAUCCGUCAUGGAUCACUUGUCGGCGACGACGAGUGAUCGUUAUCGAACACGAUUGUUCGAUUCGUCAAGGAUUCUAUCACCUUGA